AUGCCAGAACUUAUCAAAACCAUGGUUGCCCACUGCGCGCUGUGCCCUGACGAAGGCAAGCUCAGAUGUGUCGCCUGUAACGGAAUUCAGUACUGCUCCAAGCGGUGCCAAAAGGCCGAUUGGAAAGUCCACAAGCUCAUCUGCAAGUCCUUCAGCGAGCACAUGAACAAUCGCCCUAGUCAAAAGCACUACAGCAUCAUCGUCUUCCCGAAAGACGAAGAGGCGCCUCGCUUCGAGUGGACUCUGUUCGAGCCUGGCACCUACAACGCCAAGAUUCCGUCGCCCAAGAAAGCCUACGUGCAAGAGCUGGGCUUCGAGUUUUAUGGGGUAAACUGCAACAAUCGCAACAACCCCAUAGGAUACUUCGAGGAAGACAACAAGAGCUUGAUGGACAUCGAUCCUGAGCUUGCGCGACUCCACGGCAAAGGUCACGUCCUUGCCUGGGGCUGCCAUUGUCCCGAGGACAGACGCAAGACCUCCGAUCUCAACUGUACACCCGCAGACUUCCGCCACGCUGUCGAUGCCCUGAGGAAGAACCAUUACAAAGACAGCCUGCGGGCGAAGGAGGUCAUAUCAAGGAAGACUGGUGGUGUCCUCGCUGUGCGCCUCACGUGCGUGGGCGACAAGCUAUUCUUCGGCCAUCCUACAUACGAGAGCCAAAUCGAGCCGCGCUCCAUCCUGAGCAAGGACUCGCAAGUUCCAUGCCCAGUCGCCGACAAAGUCGGCAUUCCACUCAUUAUUCGGAAAGAGCCCCCCGCGCUCUCUUGGCGCGACCGCGACGUCGAGUCCCGUCGCGAGAACCACAACGCGGCGAUGCUCAACCCGCCUAACCAGAAGACUAAGACCGGCACUCUGAUCAUUGCUCGCAAGGACGGAAAGCCGCUCUUGCCUACGCACCUCUUCUGCCUCAUCAUCUACACUGGCGAGAGGCUGCAAGACCCGAAGUACGGUGAGGACGGCCAUCGUCUGCCGAGUAUGAUGUUGCAGAGCCGUUUGAACCUGGUGUCUCCGGAGGACUUUGAGGAGUACUAUAACAACGAGUGGCAUCGCUUGAAGCUUAGUGAGAGGUUUGUCCCCUCGCCUUAUCAGAUGUAUGAUGACUAUGAUGGCGAGAUUCAUCCUAUCAAUAUGAGAUAG